AUGGCCACGUGGUGCAAGGGACUAGGAUUAGUUUGCUUCCUUGCUCUGCCAUGGCAAACUAUCUCCACGAGCUGCCAAUGCCCGACACCAAAUCCAUGUGAGAACGGUGGUCAAUGUGAGGGUGAUUGUGGACCUGAUGGGUUUAUCUGUUUCUGCUCAUCUGGCUAUACAGGGAACCGCUGUCAAACGAACGUUGGUGGUUCAGGUUCAUGUGGAGCGGGAGAGUAUGAAUGUAGUGAUACUAGUUGUAUCUUGGCAACGCAACAAUGUGACUACUACCAGGAUUGCUCAUCCGGGGAAGAUGAAACAAGCUGUUCGUGUACAGGGGAUCAGUUCACUUGCAACGAUGGUAGAUGCAUCCCGUUGUCCAGAUGGUGCGAUGGGAUAAGAGAUUGCAGUGACAGCGAAGACGAGGUUUCAUGUUCGACUCCAGCCGACUGCUCGGACUUAUCGAGUCUGUCCAAUGGCAUCACGAUGGGCGGUUGGGGACACGGCGAUCACAUGGCAUUUGUAUGCAACUCGGGAUUUACACUGGUUGGUUCGGUCGCUCUUGGGUGUACAGAUGGAUCAUGGAGUGGCAGCGCUCCGACGUGUCUAGGAGACUGUCCAGACCAGUCACCGCCAACUAAUGGUCAGCGAAUAGGAUUGUUAACACAUGGCAGUUCUUUAACAUUCAUCUGCGAUUCUGGUUACACACUGGUCGGCGCUGCUAUCUUGACCUGUAAUGAUGGCACAUGGGACAACACUGCGCCAUCUUGUUUUGCGGACUGUGUAGACCCAGGUACACCUAAUAAUGUCCUACGUACUGGUGGCACGACACACGGCGGUGUACUUUCAUACUCCUGCGUUUCCGGUUACCUGUAUGGAAGCUCAGAUAUCAUAUGUGAUAACGGAGUCUGGAAUGAUUCAAUUCCUGCAUGUUUCGACCCAUCACCAAACUACCACUGGGAGUUGUCCGGCAAAUGCUCUUCCUCAGAUCCUGAUCCAGUCGAUUGUACUGGAACCCCGUGUGCUACCGUAUAUGAAAUGAUACAGUCACGUGAUGGAAACAUUUACGACGCAGCUCCCGUGAACUUUUAUCCGAUUCAGCUCACGGCCUCGCCACCAGCGGUUGUUAAUAGACAUUUGUGUUCCAUAUAUAACGAUGCACAGAACAUUUUAUUUUUAAAUGAUUUCAACGGGGAAUGCCUAUCGGACGUGUAUCUGUGCCCCGAAGGUGCAACUAUCUCAUUUUGGUUGAACAUCGAUGCAUCAGUAAAUAACGGUACUCGGUAUAUCUUCUCAUCGGGUGGGCAGACUGCCAAGUCAAGAGGAUUCGCUGUUUGGACCACAGAUGGGGCGACGUCCACUUCCAUGGUCUGGGCCGCCAUUAUAAGGAAAGAUAGAAACACUCUCAACAGACAUUUGAGCUCCUUUGAUUGGUUCCCACAGAACACGUGGUUCUACUUAACUGUGACUUUUAGUACCACCAAUCUGGGAAAUAUAUACGUUGAUGGCGCUCUACAAGCUCCCACUCAAGGGACAGAAGAAAUGACAUUGGAUACAUACGACUAUACAAGUCUUAAUUUAGGAGGGCCAAAUGACGACCCUUCGUCAAUGAGCGAGCGUAGUAUCUCUGCGGUUAGCGAGCUUAAAAUUCAUUACCGAGAACUUACGGAAACGGAAGUCGGAUGGCUCUAUGAUAUCGAAAUGGGUUAG